UAGUUUUAGCAUGAGCUAUAUAAGUGACCUAGCCAGCUACUAACAAUUUAACCCUACCAAUUUGUAAUUUUGUCUAAAAAUAACAAGUCAACUAUAUGUAUGUUGUUGUAACUAUGUUAGAAAAACAUGGCAGAAGACGAGCUUCUGGCGUUCAGAGAGCAUUGGAAGCAAGAACUGACGAUUAAAAACGAGGCGCAUUCGAACUGUAACGUUACUCUUCAACCAAGUCGGGAAGACUCUAAAUUAAAACGGUACUUUGAAGAUUUUGGUCAGAACAGAAGUGAACCAGAAAAAAGACAGGAUUCGACAUCACAGGGGAACAGUAAGGGAGGACAGGAUGCAUUUUUGUCUGCAGCAAAAACUCCAAAGGAGGACCAACCCGAGUAUGUGUCGAUAGCCGAGGGCUUGCUAGAUGGAAGGACCAGUCCCUUGUUGGAGAGGAUCCAGGAGGAGAGGACUCGAAGGAAGAGACAAUACCACAGUCUGACAAGCGCCUGUAACACCUCCUCCCAACAACAACCCCAGAGGAAAAUUAACACGGGUGACAAAUUAGUGGAUCAAUUAAUUCAAGACCUGAAUGAGACAAAUGACAUUCCCUUCUUUGACAUUGAGUUGCCCUACGAGUUAGCUCUGAAGAUCUUCCAGUACCUCAGUCGGACAGAGCUGGGGCGAUGUGCUCAGGUGAGCAAGGCGUGGGGGGUCCUGGCAGAGGAUGAGGUGCUGUGGUUUAGGAUGUGUCAGACAGAGGGUUAUCACCACGGGGCCUCUGUUUCUGACUCCCCCUGCUGGAAGAGCAUGUUACGAGACUGCAGGAACUCUGAAAACACUGUGCGCUCCAACUGGAAGAAUCGUGUUGGAUCAAUCAGCCAACUGCAGUACGAGCUGGGGAAAGUGUUGUGUGAUGUCAGUUCCUGUGACAGCUAUGUUGUUGCUGGGUACACGUCAGGGGACGUGAGACUGUGGGACACCCUCCACUGGGACUCUGCAGCCUCCUUCCUAAAGCCAAGCCCCCUGACGGCAGACGUCACCCCCAGACCUCACGUCAGUCACAUCCGGGUCAACAACACUGUGGCUGUGGCUGCCUAUGACGAUGGAUGUGUGGAUGUGUGGAGCACAGAGACGGGACAGGAGCCUGUCCACCACUUCCAGAUCCCUGGGAGGGUCCACGCCCUGGCUCUGAGCCUGGAGAGCCCCACCUUGGCUACUGCUGCUGGGCUAGAUGUCCGGCUGGACCAGCCUGAUGAGAGGGGCUACUGGAGGACCCUCUGCCAGGCCACGCUACCCAAACCUGUGGAGUCUAUGGUUGUGGUGCCAUGGGCCGGGGGGCGAGGAGGGGACAGUGUCCCCCUGGUGGCCCUGUCUGCUGGGGAGACAGUGUUCCUGCUGGCCCCUGAGGACUUGGAACCCCGGGUGCUCCACAGUUACGGCCACCCCAUCACCUGUCUGGAUGCCUCGGCCUCUCACGCUGCCCUGGGGGUCAAGAGCUGUGGCUGGGCCAUGAACGAUGGAGGCAACAAGAUCCAUGUGUACAGCCUAGAGACGGGCCAGUCGGAGAUGUCUGUGGGGAACUCGGCGGGAGACUUCUCCUGUGUCAACCUGAGAGACAGCCCUCCUCACAUGCUCAUCUGUGGAAACAAAGAUAGGAGGGUGAGGGUGUUUGACCUGCGCACCGGCUCCUCUGUCACAUCGCUGUAUGCCCACCACAUGGGCGUGACCUCCGUGCAGGCAGACGAUUGGAAGAUUGUGAGUGGCGGAGGUGAGGGAUUGGUCUGCGUCUGGGAGAUGAGGAUGGGAGCUAAACUGUGGGAGAUGCACAACAGGCACCCAGUCAGACACUUGAGAUUCAACACUAGCACUCUGGUGACAGCCAACAUCCCAGACGAGAAGUCUCCACGAGGGGCCUGCAUCACAGAUGACGACCUCACAGCCCACCGCAGACAUAGGGGAGUGAUUUGCCACUAUGACUUCUCAGAGGACUCCACCUCCCAGGACCAUGUUCUGCCCAUCUGCAGGUCCAACUAUGUGGAGUCAUCUGGCUACAACUACAACAUUGGCCUGGCCGUGCCCUAUGACAUCCUGUCUGGUUCUCACCCCUCCCACUGACCCUUAUCACCAGCCCUUCAGACCCCUACUACUAGUACCAUCAGCCCUGCAGACCCCUUCCACCAGCCCAUGUUCUGCCCAUCUGCAGGUCCAACUAUGUGGAGUCAUCUGGCUACAACAACAGCAUUGGCCUGGCCGUGCCCUAUGACAUCCUGUCUGGCUCUCACCCCUCCCACUGACCCCUUCCACCAGCCCUUCAGACCCCUACCACCAGCCCUUCAGACUCCUUCCACCAGCCCUUCAGACCCCUACCACCAGCUCUUCAGACCCCUUCCACCAGCCCUUCAGACUCCUUCCACCAGCCCUUCAGACCCCUACCACCAGCUCUUCAGACUCCUUCCACCAGCCCUUCAGACUCCUUCCACCAGCCCUUCAGACUCCUACCACCAGCCCUUCAGACUCCUUCCACCAACCCUUCAGACUCCUUCCACCAGCCCUUCAGACCCCUACCACCAGCCAUUCUGACCCUUACCACCGACCCAUCUGACCCUUACCACCGACCCAUCUGACCCUUACCAUCAGCCCUUCAGACCCCUACCACCAGCCCUUCAGACCCCUACCACCAGCUCUUCAGACUCCUUCCACCAGCCCUUCAGACUCCUUCCACCAGCCCUUCAGACCCCUACCACCAGCCCUUCAGACUCCUUCCACCAGCCCUUCAGACUCCUUCCACCAGCCCUUCAGACUCCUUCCACCAGCCCUUCAGACUCCUUCCACCAGCCCUUCAGACUCCUUCCACCAGCCCUUCAGACUCCUUCCACCAGCCCUUCAGACCCCUACCACCAGCCAUUCUGACCCUUACCACCGACCCAUCAGACCCUUACCAUCAGCCCUGCAUACCCCUACCACCACCAGCUCUGCAGACCCUACAAAGCAAAUCAGCUUUUAUAUAUCCUUUUGAUUUUUCAAACUGAAUCUGAUUUUUAAUUAGUAGCUGUCCUUAUUUUUAAAAGAAGCUCAUGGUUCCUUGGACUGUUAAGGAGUUUGAUUUAAUCUGGCAAUUUUUUCCCAGAGCAAUGAAUUCUGAAUGGAUUUCAUCUUAUGAUGGGAUCAUGUUUUGUUAAAGAUCCAGUGCAGUCAAACACGUGAUUUUUCUGUGUUUUAUAUAUAUUUCCACAUUGAGGUUGUGAAAUUUGAGCAUGAUGAUAUUGCUCUUUUAGUGUUUGUUUAGCCUGUUUUGGUGGCAUAGAUGUUUGGUGAAAUCACCAUGUUGUAAAUUAGUUAAUAGAGCAAUAAGAAAGAUGGUUUCAAACCCCUGACAAUAAUAGCUUAUUUUCAGUUUUCUCCUUACCACUCCGUUAUUCCUAGCAAAAUUCUUGCUUGAGAAAUGUAUCUUUGCUAAGAAGCUACUUCUGUUAAUCUUUUACCAUUUUACUGUGAAACAAUCACAGUAAGUUACUUCAUUUUUACCCAGAAAUGAUUUGAUAUUGAGAUAGAAACUGCUGCAUUGGACCUAUAACUAGACAUUGAAGUUGUUACUGACAUCCUCCAUAAAUUGAUGGGCAACAACGGUCACAUGGUCCUUUCACUUAAUUUACUUCAGUGGAAUUGCAGGUGGCAUUCUUAUCUGUCUUCACAAGAAGAUGGAAGCAAAACACAAGUAACUCCAACAAUUCUUCAUCUCAUAAUUUCUUUAUUUUUAAUUAAUGACUACAAUAUGCGUAUACAUUAUUGCAAAGGCUAUUACAGGUUCUUUGGAUAUAAAGAACAAUAUUCAUCCAAUGUGUUUAAACAUUUAUUUUAAGGAUCAAUGUUUUCAGCAUGAGUAAUACAUAAAAGUGGUUAUUUGUAAGUGGUCUUUGAUUUUAGAGGUUAGAAUGGUGAGACUCCACCUGAAAGGACACAGGAAUAAUGAAGCUUGGUGAACUAAAUAAAUGGAGUCUUCUGUGUAUUCUGAAGCACUGUCGGAAUGCACUGUGCCCCACAGAGCCAGAAUAAAAGUGACCCUGGAUGCCAACCCCGGUCCUCUCAGUGAUCCACAUGGCGGGUGAACCUCUGUCUGUACUGUUAUGUAUACAUAACGCUGACAUGAGAGAGUGCGGAGGGUGGUAAAUGAAGGGAUUCAUCUGGGGCACUGGAGGUGUAUGUGUUUACUUUUAGCUGAAAGCAUGUUAGUAUUCAGUCACAGGCAAGCACUAAAUACUGCAAGGACAUUGCACAGCACUGAAAUGGAUGCAAAUGUCUAACCCAAACCUUUAAAAUAUAGUUCAGCAUAGUUUGUCAUUUUAAAAUGUACAACAUACGGUAUGUAGACAAUAUUGUACACUUACAGUGCCUUCAGAAAGUGUUUACACACCUUGACUUUUUCCACAUUUUGUUGUGUUACAGCCUGAAUUUAAAACUGAUUGUUGACAUUUUUGUCACUGGCCUAAACACAAUACCCCAUUAUGUCAAAGUCCAAAGCUCGCCGCCAUUGGACUCUGGAGCAGUGGAAAAGUCAAGGGGUAUGAAUACUUUCUGAAGACACUGUAUAUCACAGUGGAUCUCCCAUCAAUCAUUCAUAAGUUUAAAAAAAGGUAUUUGGCUUCAUCUCAGAGGAAGACUGGAGAGAUUCAUUCUGUAAAAACAUCAGUACCAGAUGUAUUUUAAAGGAGACAGGGACUCAUUUUCCACAUCGCAUGGUUGCAGUGUCCAUGUUUAAAAAGCGAACGUGCAUCCUCGUCUCAAUAUCGAAGGUUUUAAGAAUCUG